GGAGUGCCUGGAUUACCUGGUCGAAAUGGAAUGACUGGACCUUCUGGAGGAGAGCCUGGAGAGCCAGGUUAUCCAGGACCUGAAGGCCCUACAGGAAUUCAAGGACCUCCUGGCCAACCGGGUGUUUGUGUAUGUCAAAAUGUUGAUUCUGUUAUUGUUGCUGGACCAGAUCCUUCACAGCCACGUUUUUCUGAUCAGCAAAAUUAUGCAUAUCCGUCUUAUAACAACGCUGAAGAAGGAGGGAGUGGUGGAAGUUCUAUUUAUGGAUAA